AGCGACGGACGACCACUUCCCGUGACGCAGAGAAACGCGGUAAAACGAUAUUCCGGUGUGCAGGAGGACAGCAGCAUGGCAUCCGACAGCACCAUGGAUAACGUAAACGGACUAGAGACCGUCUCCCUGAACGGGGAACCGGUCGUGAAGCGGCCGCGGGAAACCCUCUCUCAGUCUGCUCUCCGGGUCCCGAAGGAGCCUCAGAACAAAGUGACCGUCGUGCUCGGAGCGCAGUGGGGCGACGAGGGCAAGGGGAAAGUUGUGGACUUGCUCGCAAUGGAUGCGGAUAUUGUAUGCAGGUGCCAGGGAGGCAACAAUGCGGGUCACACGGUGGUCGUGGACAAAGUGGAGUACGACUUCCACCUGCUGCCCAGCGGAGUGCUCAACAAGAAGGCUGUCUCCUUCAUUGGCAACGGAGUGGUGAUACACCUACCAGGUCUGUUUGAGGAAGCUCAGAAGAACCUGCAGAAAGGCAAAGGAUUAGAAGGAUGGGAGGAGAGAUUAAAGAUUUCUGAUCGUGCCCACCUUGUGUUCAACUUCCAUCAAGCUGUUGAUGGAAUCCAGGAGCAGCAGCGGCAGCAACAAGAAGGGAAAAAUUUGGGAACCACUAAAAAGGGAAUCGGUCCAGCCUACUCCUCCAAAGCUGCUCGCAACGGUCUGCGAGUCUGUGACCUUGUCUCCGAUUUUAAGGUUUUUCAGGACAAGUUUCGCAUGUUGGCCGAACGUUUCCUGACGAUGUACCCGAAACUUGACCUGGACGUCGACGGUGAACUGAAGCAGCUGAAGGGCUAUGCAGAGAGCCUGCGCCCCCUGGUGACGGACGGGGUGUACUUCAUGCACAAAGCUCUCACUGGGCCCAGUAAGAAGAUCCUGGUGGAGGGAGCCAAUGCUGCUCUGCUGGAUAUCGACUUUGGCACGUAUCCUUUCGUGACGUCUUCUAACUGCACCGUGGGCGGAGUGUGCACUGGUCUCGGCGUGCCUCCGUCGUACGUUGGCCGAGUGUACGGCGUCGUCAAAGCCUACACCACCCGCGUGGGCGUUGGCGCUUUCCCAACAGAGCAGGAUAAUGAGACUGGAGAACUGUUGCAGUCCAGAGGGAGAGAGUUCGGCGUGACGACGGGCAGAAAGAGGCGUUGCGGUUGGCUGGACCUGAUUUUGGUCAGAUACGCCCACAUGGUCAAUGGCUUCUCUGCAAUUGCCCUGACCAAGCUGGACAUUUUGGACACGCUGUCAGAGAUUGAAGUGGGCGUGGCCUAUAAAGUCGACGGAAAAUCUCUACCAAGUUUCCCCGCAAACAUGGACGUGUUGACGCGGGUGUCGGUGGACUACGAGACGUUGCCCGGCUGGUGCUGCAGCACCGAGUCAGCUCGGAGCUUCGAGGAGCUUCCGCCGAAUGCACAAAGCUACAUUCGGUUCAUCGAGGACUUCCUGCAAGUGCCAGUGAAGUGGGUCGGAGUCGGCAAGUCCAGAGAGAGCAUGGUGAAAUUGUUUUGAUCCGUCUGCCGACCUGUAAGCUCAGAUCAUUUCAGGGUUAGUUUAAAGUGCAAACUCUCCUCGAGGAAACUCUUCACCAGCAAGGCUAUUUGUGAAACCUUUUGUUGCUGCUUGUGCAUCACAUUUGCAAUAAUUUUUCCCAGACAUCAUUUAUGCAUUCCACAUAAUGUAAUGUAAUUUAUUCCGGUGUUCAUUUUUAAAACGUGGUGCAAAUGGAUCGAUCAUUCUUUCUUCCAUUCCGCAGUAAAGCACAGUUUUGUUUUUUAGCAUUUGAAUCUAAUUAACCCUUAAUUGUUAA